CUCUCGCGCUCUCACUCAAAUAACUGUUGAAAAGGGUUUCCAUGGAGGUCAAUCUAACGGGAGGGGCGGUAGCUCGGAUUAUAAACGAAGAUGUGACCACCGAGAGGGACUUGAAACCUGUGCUUCAAGUGAUAGAGAUGAAGGAGGUUCAAACUACGUCGAAGAAUCCGCAACAGCAGCAGCAAGAACCGAAAAAGAUCGAGAGGUUCAUGCUGUUGCUAUCGGAUGGGUCGUUAACGCAGCCAGGGGUGCUUGCAACCAGUAAGAACGAACUUGUGAAAUCCUUUAAAUUGCUAGUCGGCUCCAUUGUUCAAUUGACUCAGUACAUUUGCGACGUCAUCCAAGAUUGCAUGAUUGUUAUUAUUAUUGAGUUGGAGGUGAUAGUUGAAAAAUAUGAUAUCAUUGGGAAGCCUGUACCAGCACCCAAAUCUUCUAGGCACACACAAUUCCCUACUGAUCAACCUGGGAUAGUGAUGGCACAGACUAAUUCUGUACGAGGAAGCUCAGUUGGUUUCAGUAUGGCUGAUAAGUUGAACACGCCAAGGACCACUCUACUGCAGCCUAGAAUGAAUCAGUUUCAUGGUAGUUCUUAUACGAAUGAAUCUGAGCAAGUAAGAUAUCCUGCUGCAAAUGCACGUCCUGUUUAUCCGAAAACAGAUCCUUCUGCUGGCUUUCCUGGAUCAUCAUCUUCAAGUGGACCAUGUGGAGUUCAGAGUGCAGGUUUCCAUAGCCCUAGGCCAGCAGUUUCACGUCCUCUAAGCACCUCUAUCCACCAAUCCAUACCUGCGUAUCAACAGCCAUCCCCCAUGUAUGCUAAUAGAGGGCCAGUAGCCAAGAAUGAGGCACCACCCAGGAUAAUCCCAAUUUCUUCUCUGUAUCCUUAUCAGGGCAGGUGGGCAAUAAAGGCCAGAGUAACAGUAAAGGGAGAACUUAGGCGCUACAGCAAUGCUCGUGGUGAUGGUAAAGUUUUCUCUUUUGAUCUCCUCGAUUCUGAUGGUGGGGAAAUACGGGUGACCUGCUUUAAUGCUGUGGUUGACCAAUUCUAUAACCAGAUUGAAGCUGGUAAGAUUUAUCUGAUUUCUAGGGGAAGUCUGAAACCUGCUCAGAAGGCAUUCAAUCACCUUAAUAAUGAGCAUGAAAUUUUUCUUGAUAGCACAUCAACAGUACAGCCGUGUUAUGAGGAUGACAACACAAUUCCACGGCAGCAAUUUCAUUUCCGUACCAUAAGUGAUGUUGAAGGCAUGGAGAACAAUGAUAUUGUGGAUAUAAUUGGUGUGGUAUCAUUUAUCAGUCCUACUGCUUCAAUAAUGAGAAAAAAUGGUACAGAAACUCAGAAGAGAAUCCUUCAUUUGAUGGACAUGUCUGGCCGAAGCGUUGAAUUAACUUUAUGGGGAGCGUUUUGUAAUGUUGAAGGACAAAGGCUCCAAUCUUUGUGUGAUACUGGGGAGUUUCCAGUUCUGGCUGUGAAAACUGGUAGGGUGAGUGAUUUUAAUGGGAAGGCGGUGGGAACUAUCUCUACAUCCCAGUUAUUUAUAGAUCCUAAUUUUCCUGAGACUCACAGGCUAAAGGAAUGGUUUGUCAGGGAGGGGAGGAAUACUCCUGUCUCUAUUUCUAAGGAAACAUCAAGUGUGAGUAGUACAGAUAAGAAAACUAUAUCACAAAUCAAAGAUGAGAGGCUAGGGACUUCUGAGAAGCCAGAUUGGAUUACAGUUGUAGCAACUAUUGCAUACAUCAAGUUAGACAAUUUGUGCUACAGAGCUUGUCCCGUCAUGAAUGGGGAUCGCCAAUGCAACAAAAAGGUUACAAAUAAUGGAAAUGGGAAGUGGUGGUGUGAUAAAUGUGAUAGGUCAGUAGAUGAAUGUGACUACAGGUAUGUUAUUCAGUUCCAGAUACAGGAUCAUACGGGUACAACAUGGGUGACUGCUUUUCAGGAGUCUGGUGAAGAUCUCAUGGAAGUGUCGGCAAAAGAUUUGUAUCAUUUGAGGUAUGAAAACCAAAAUGAUGAAAAAUUUAUGGAAAUCACGCGACAGGUUAUGUUUAAUAAAUAUACUUUCAAGUUGAAAGUGAAGGAGGAAACUUUUAGUGAUGAACAGCGUGUGAAAUCGACAGUGGUAAAAGUAGAAAAAGUACAAUUUUCAUCAGAAUCGAGGUGCCUUUGGGAUUUGAUUGAUAAGAUUAAAGCAAAUGAUUCUAGUUCUGCAUCGAAGGCAGAGAUUACCGCGCCUAAUCAUAGAAUGGAUUAUACUGGAAUAGGGACUGAUGGAGGCAGACAUCUUGCACCAACAACUGCUACCAGAGAAUGCGGGUUACCUAGAAAUCAAGGGGUACAAUAUGGAAAUCAGUACAGUGGUUCUAGGCUUGGAGAAACUGCUUCACGCAUGGAUGUGUUCUGUAACAGUUGCGGAGUUACCGGUCAUAGCUCUACAAAUUGCCCUGCCCUACCAUUAUGAAUAGUCCAGUACACUAUGAGGAGGGACUAUACUGAUAGAAUAUCUUCUCGGGCAAGUGUUGGCCGUACCUCAGAUGAGUGCUAUAAAUGCCAUCAAACUGGCCUUUGGGCCAAAGUCUGUCCGAUGUCUGGUCCUUCAUCUUACGGAAGCACUGAUUUUUCGUCUGGGAUAUAUGGAGGUGUUCCAAGGAAACAGGUAGGCGGGUUUUAAAGUCUCUUUAGAGUAUGUAUAGAACUUUAAAUCAGUACAUCAUUUUGUAAUAUGUCAUCUACCCUUCCGAAACACGGGUUACUGACUUCACAAGAGCAGGGCAUUGGACUUGGUAGCCAUGAAUUGCUUUGGGAUGUCCUUUGGGACGAAACUUUCUGCAUAACCCUGAAGUGAACUUAUAGGUUAGAACUUUCUCAACUCUCUCAGAAUCGGACGGUUUCACUUUGGGUAUCGGAGUUUCAUUUUCAAUUUUACUCAUCUUUCGUUUCUGUUUCUUAUGUUUUUUGCUAAAAUAUCUUGUCUCAUUGAUCUCUUAUGGUUAUGGGAGGAUGAUCUGAAUCUGAAUUGUCCCACUUCAACUAAAGGAGGAAUGGAAACUGUUAGAUCAUAUAAAUAUAUAUAUAUAUAUAUUUAUAUCCACGGGGUUAGAAAUGUCUGUCAUCUGUAUGAAUAGGAAUAUAAGCUGAUAUUCCGCCUCAAAGUCAAGACUUGAAAGAACAUGAACCGGCAAAACGUAGGCAAGUGAAAGGUGCCCUAAUUUUUAAUUAAGACGAGGAGCAAUGUGCAUGGGAUUUCUUUAUUCACGUUUGGCCUCUCCUCUCCUCUACUAUAUAUAAUUUGUAUUUGUUGUCAAUUCUGAAAUGCUAACUUUAUGAGUUCACAUAAUUAGUCAUUUAAACCUGCAUCUUAAUUUAAACAUCUCAAUGUUAACCGUCUCAUUCAUCCAACCUCAAAUCAAUCCAUCAGUAAAUAUAUUAAAAUUACGAUCAAGAACACACGAAACCGUCAG